UUAAAAGGUGCGCUAGUUAUUUAUCCGGUUAUGUACGGGACAGAGAGCAAGCUUUGAAGUUACUGGUGGAGACAAUGAAAAAGACUCCUACAAAAGAUCUUGCGAAAAGAGGCGACUAUGCGAUGGCGUACGGAACUGCAGCCGAAGAGACGGAAAAAGCUCCAAACUUAGUGCCAUAUUUGCCUGUGAAAGAUAUAGCAACAGAAAUUAAGGAAAAACUAGCGUCUGACGUUAAACCUGUCACUCCAGCACAAUUGCAUGUGCCAAUGAAAGUUCUUGUACAAGAUGUAGCCGAUGUUUUGUCGCAACCGAUUGCUAUGAAAAGUGGCGUUGCGGGUGAAAAAUAUCCUAUGGACUAUUUAAUAGCAGUAGAAAAGUCAAUGGGAACAAAACCACUAUACGAGUACAAAGGCUACAGUGAGACGUACGCGGGUGCAGCAAAGUCAUUGCAAGUUACUCCAGUGCCAGACGAUACAAUUGAAAAUAAACAAUUGGAGAAGGAAAUUUUCAAUGAAUUGCAAUCAUCGUUGCCGCCAAAAUCAACACCUUUAAUUAAUAAAGAACUGGACGCACCGGUUACUGAGGCAGCAAGUAAACUAGCAAAAAUUGGGACCGUGAAAGGCAUUGCUUUCGAACACUUGACAACUGUAAUGAAAGAAAAAGGAGAAGAACAACUUGUCAAAAAGAAGGAGUAUGAGGAAUCUUAUGUAGCUGGUGGUCAUAGGUUAACAGACGCCCCAAAUCUUGCAACUAAGAAAGUAGAUGAAGUGGCUUACGAAAAAGUUAAAGAAAAACUCGCCAAACUUAUUGAAGAUAAACCACCCCCUGAAAAAGCCAAACAGCAGAUGGAAGCAAUAAUUGAUGAAUCUUCAAAGUACUUGACCGCACCACUGGAAGAUGAACACGACAAAAGACGAUUCUUAGCCGAUUUAAUGAGUAGAAAACAAGACGAAAUAUUAGCGCAGGAAAAAGCUUACAAAAUUACAUUCAAAGAAGGCGGACAAGAACUUUUAGAGGCACCAGCAAUACCAGCAAAGCCGGUAGAUCCACAGCUUAAAAAUGAUUUGCAACAAAAAAUAGGCGGUGUUGUAACGCAAAAGGGUUUGCAAAAUAUAUUAAAAGAUACUGUAUCCGAUGCUGCAAGUAACUUAACAAAUAUUGUAAAAGGAAGAGGAGAAAUCAUAAGAAUAAUACACGAUGACAUGAAAGCUGAAGGGAAAAAACCGUUCUUGUCCGUCGGAAAAUUUAACAAGACACACGAAGAAGCUGCAGAAAUGAUAGACAAAGCGCCAAAUUUCAGCACCGAAAAUUUCGCACUGAAAAUUCAUAAAAUUGUUACCGAUCGUAUUAACGAACUUCCUAUGAAGGGCGUUAGCGAAGAAGCCAAGCCAUAUGUUCCAGAUGCAGUGGAUACUGUAUCAAAAUACAUUGCUGGUGUCGCUACAAAGGAAUGCGGUCUGGACCCUAAGAGCCUUGAGGAUUGGGGAGGAAGUGAAGCAGAUAAACGUCGGAGAAGUAGCAGUCUACAAUCGAAGCUGUCAUCGCAACCACCUCUAUCAUCGCAACCAGGGUUACCAUCGCCACUCAAAAUAGAAUCGCAAGGACAGCUGCAAGCGCAACAGCAACAGCAACAGCAGCAACAACAACAACAACAACAACAACAACAACAAUCCCAAGGAUCAUCUGAGUCGCAACAGCCCUUACAAAUACGAAGUUUCCAGAAAAACGAAGAACUAAAAAAAACUCAAAAAGAAACAAAAGCUACAGAUGUAGACAUGGACCACGAACAAGCUGAACAAUUACUUCAGCAGAAGCUCAAAGGGCGAGGUGGUGAAGUUUUUUACAAGCAACCUCAUAACGAAUUAUCCCACGCGAUGGCAGCCGACUGGAUAUCAGAGCCCUCACUGACAACGGACAAGUCGGUGAAGGAAUCGUCGGACACGGGCCGGCUGCAGAAGAAAUUUGAGAGGAAACUGAGCGCACUCGUGGCUACCGAUACGCCGCCGCAACUCAAAGAUUCCAUGCAAGAUGUUAUUAUUGAGUCUUCAAGGAAUCUCUCCGAAAAAUUUAUGUCUAAAAGUUACAAGGUGCUCGCGCGAGAGGCUGUCAUUUCAGAGAUGCAGAAUCGUGGUAAUGAAAUUCUAGCAGAAGUGAAUGAAGACACUGAAUCUUAUUUCUACUCGGCUCAGAGGUUGAAGAAAAAUAAGAACAUUGAAGCGUACGCUCCUCGUGAAGUAAUUCAGGAGCAGUUAUCACAGAAAUUAGGGGAAAUGAUAAAAGGCCGAGGCAUGCCACGUAAAGUUGCCCCGUAUAUAAAAGAAUAUGUUCAGACGACAGCCGGAUAUUUGUCGGAACAUGUAACUAUACCAGAUAAGGAAAUCGAAGCGUACAUCGCGCUUUUGACUGAAGCAGAAGUGGCUGGUGACACUCCUCUCGUCGAAGGCAAAAUACAUAAAACGCAUGCUGAAGCUGUAGCAUAUUGGCGUAAACUGACGACGUUCGACGAUGAAAUAAACAGACCGGAUGCAACUCUGCAAUCCUCAAUAGAAGACAAGCUGAAGAAGGUCAUGGAAGAUGUCACACCGUCUGGUUACGAAAAAACAGAUCUCAACAAUGUUAUCAAGUGUAAUGCUAGACUUCUUACAUCCUACGUCAAGCUUCAAGAGGAAAAGUCGGAAACUUUAAAGAUAUUAGUAGAACAAAUGGAUAAAGAAAAAGACGCUGUUCUUUUGCGUCACGGCACACUGCGUAAGACACAUCUCGACGGCGCAAACCUAUUACGGACAAAGACAGCUGAUCAACUAAGCGUAACAAAUGUAGAUCCUGUCGUGUCGAGAAAAAUACAAAUAAAACUAAAAAUAUUAGCUAACAAAAGUUUUGCAACAAAUAAGUACAAAGAUCUCAUAGAUGAUGUAGUUGAUGACGUCACGAAUUAUCUCGCCGUAUACUUCUUGCAACCAGAGGUAAUUCAAGUUUGCAAAUGUAUGAAGAAUGUCAUCGUCCAAUGCGAGUUAUGGUGCGAAGGAAGCUUGCGAAGGAUAGGUCGAGUUUGUUCCAGAAGAUCCCGUCACGUUUCAAUCCAGGACACGUUAGACGUGUGCCCCGGGCGCGCCAUGCAGCUGGACCCUUGCGGCCCGCGCAUCUGCGGCUCGGGGGUCGAGAUAUCCAUCAGGCAGUGUCCACUGAAACACACCAAGUCCACACAAACAUGUCCCGCCUCUAAACCUUCACCCGGCUGCGGGUCAAACAUUACAGCGGGCUAUGUCUUAUACCCUUCGCCCGGAGGACCCUUCGACAAUAUCCCGACGAAACUCUCCGCAUCAGAAUGCUCGGAAGAAACGACAAUGCUAACCCCAGAAAGCGAUGCCUUUUCUACUUCGCCUUAUAACUCAUCGAGCAAAGAUGUACCAUACUCCGAAAGCCAGCAACCCAUCCAACCGCCGUUGACGUUUGAAAAGAAAACCCUACCCAACUUUAGAUCUCUGCAUAUGUUCGGGUCGACACCAACGGUGAUAGUUGCUCGAGAAACGAAUUCAAGUGUGACGGGAAGACCUAAGGUUCAGCCACAAAGUUCAUGGACUACUCAGACUAGAAAUAUUUAUAGCUCACGGACUCCGAUUGUAACGACGGAUCAAAUGACCGACUGGCACUCUAUGAUGGUCAGCAUUAUGUGGAACAUACAAGCCUGGAAGACUUGGAUACAUAACAGUAUUAAGAAAGUUUUAACUUUCCAAGAAAACAGUGAUUUAGAAUUGGAUAAAACUUGGAUCAAUUUUCAAAGAACUACUACAACUGAGAUUUUGCAAUGGACUCAAUAUAAGUCAUUCAGUCGACAACUAAUUAUACGUAUUGCCUCAAAAUACAAAAACAAAAAGAUUGUAUCACCGACCAGAACUACGGUGAAAACUAGAAAUUUUAUUGACACGCACAAUGAAAUGUUGGAUCUUAUUGAAAUGUUUAACAGAUGGACACAUUGGUUGACUGAUGCUAUAAAAGAGACUGACUUACUCCUACAAUAUAAAGAUUCAUCGUCCGAACGAUGGCGAAUACUGAAAGAGAGAGUUAAAGAAAACUUGAAAGAGUGGACACAAUGCAACGAACGUCUGUGUAGCCCUUGGGAAUCGAGAUUCAAAAGACAGUUGUCAGGUUAUUAUUUUCGAUUCGAUUAA